CUGCAUGUAUAUUUGUUUUCUGGUUUGCUAAGCUAACAACUGGGAUCUUUUGUUUCUUUUCUUUAGAAAAUGUUUCUGGGUUACUAGUUUUCUAACAAAUAAUGCAGUUUAGGGUUUCCCAAGCGACAUAUUGAGUUGUAGUGUAGAACUAGUACCGUAUUCAUUUGAAGUGAAGCAAGCUAUUCUUCUCCCUCUCUCUCUCCCUCUCUCUCUCUCUCUCUUUCUCUCUCUCUCUCGGGCUCCUCAACCUCCAUCAUUUUCCGAUCGGAAUCUAAAACAACUUUGAAGUCCAUAUAUGGAGCCGUUAACUAAUAGGGAGAUACGGACUGUAACGGAACUACCAUCACAGGAAAUGGAAGCGCAUCAUCAAACACUGGACUAUGAGGAAACAGAUGGUGAUGCUGAUAACUUGCACUUGUACCAGCAGCUGUACAGCUAUGCUACUCAGGGCAACACAAAUAGAUUUCACGACACUAUUGAAAAGAAGCUUCAGGAUCCCAAUGCUCGCGUUCAGUUGCUGUCUCGACGGAGCCCCUAGAAUAACACGUUUGUUCACAUAGCUGUGAGCUCCGGCCAUGCCGAACUAGCAGCCGAGAUCUUACAACAACACAAGCCCCUUUUGUUAGAGAAAAACUUUGAAGGCGAUACCGCGCUCCACAUUGCAGCCAAAUCCAAGGAUAUAGAUACGACAACAAAUACUCUUCUUCGCGAAGCACGAGGAACAAUAGACGUUGAAAAUAAUGGUGAUAUAUUGACAUUGCUGAGGAUGAAAAAUAAUGAGGAAAACACUGCCCUGCACGAGGCUCUAAUUCGAGGGCACCAAUCAGUAGCCAAGUGUUUGAUAGAGGCCGAUCCUGCCGUUUCACUUUACACUAAUAAGGAACAAAAGUCCCCUUUGUAUCUGGCCACUGAAAAAGGGCUUGUUGAGAUAGUGAAGCUAAUAAAAGAAAAAGCAGUUGAGAAGAACACAAAAAUUCAAGGCAAGUCCCCGUUGUUUGCUGCAAUUCUACGCCGCCAGAAAAAAGAAGUCCUAAAGAUAAUAUCAAACAUGGAAGCAAAUAUUUUGAACUCAAAAGAUGAGAAAGGGAGGACUCCACUGCAUUGUGCAGCAUCAAUUGGUUAUCUAGAAGGGGUUCGCUUCUUAGGCAGACGUCUCAUGGAUUCUCAUCGAAAGGAUCAUUGUGGCAACUUUCCAAUCCAUUAUGCAUCAAGCAAAGGUCAUAUCGACAUUGUUAAAGAGCUGCUUCGACAUUGUCCCGAUUCAAUGGAAUUGAGGAACUCAAGUGACCAAAAUAUACUCCAUGUUGCAGCAAGAUGUGGCGAGGACAAUCUUGUCAAAUAUUUUUUCAAGAAGGUUGAGUUUCAAAUGUUGAUAAACCAAAAAGACAACAGAGGAAAUACUCCAUUGCACUUGGCAAAGAUGUACCAUCAUCAUAAGGUUGUGGACCUUUUCACUUUCGAUAGAAGGACCAACUUAAAGGUCUUGAAUGAUAGGGGCAUGACAUCUCUUGACAUUUCAGAAAGCACUUUGGAAACUAGUGCAUCAGAUCAUGGGAUGAUACCUGCUGUAAAAGAAGAAGAAAAUGGCGUGAUCCAGUUAUAUUCCUCAGAACAAAAUCCAAGAGACUCGAGCAGCCAACCUGAACUUGAUCAAAUUUUGGUUGAGCCAGGCCCAGGUAUGGAAACAAAAAGAACUACUGCCGCUGCUGGUCAGAUUCAGAACAAAGCAGUAGCGAUAGCUUGGUGUCUGAUAAAUAGACUGGUAAAUUGCUUGGAAUACCCAAGAACUUGGUUGGAAGAGACACGUGGUGGCAACCAUGAUAUCAACUACAACAUUCGAAGCUGCAGUUAACCCACCCGGUGGUGUUUGGCAAGACAAUAAUACAAAUAGUAGCGCUGGAACUUCAGUGGCAGGCAGCGGCUUCCCAAAAGACUUCCUCAGUUGUGGCGCAGGUUCAAGCAUAAGGUCCCAAAAAACCUCAGGAACGUGAUUGAUAGUUUGGUGGAUAGUUCGGGAGCACGUCACCGUACCAAAAAAAUCUGAGGAGAAUACGCCUGUCGUUUCCUUGUGUUGGAGCAACUACACUGGAUUGCAAACGUAAACCAUCUAUUUAACGAUGAAGAAUGUGUUUAAGGAGAACCAGCAGGUUGUGUUUGCGAGUGAGCUAGCCAGUGUUUGUCUUAAUUUAUUUAUGUUAGAAUUUGUUAAGAGCAGGGACGGACCCAGGAAUCUUAGCUCGUAGGGUCAUAGUGUAAAAGUUCAAUUUUUUUUUUUAAAGAUUAAAAUAACAUUGAAAAUGAAAUUAUAGUACAUUCAUUCAUAA